AUGGAGUACAACUUCAUUGGCGACGACUUUGGACCACUAUUCCAUUACCAGUUCAGAGUGAUUCUCAUUGGCGAUUCGGCAGUUGGAAAGUCUAGUCUUCUGCGGUAUUUUACUGAGGGGAAAGUUGCCGAAAUCAGUGACCCAACUGUCGGUGUUGACUUCUACGCCUGUAUGAUCGAAUUGCGACCAAACUUCCGAGUAAAACUACAGUUAUGGGACACUGCUGGGCAGGAGAAGUUUCGAUCCAUCACGAGGUCGUAUUAUCGAAAUUCUGCUGGUGUUAUGUUGGUUUAUGAUAUUUCAAAUCGAGCCAGUUUCGAGAAUAUCAAUGGUUGGCUUCACGAGGCUGAAGCCAAUAUGGGUGGUCCUAACCCAGGAAAAUGUGUUUUCCUGCUCAUCGGGCACAAGUCUGAUGAUCAGUGUGAGAGACGAGUGGAUUACGAAGAGGGGGAAUACUUUGCAAAGUAUCAUAAGAUGAAAUUCAUCGAGACAUCUGCUGUGACAGGAAAGAACGUUUAUGAUGCUUUCCUCAUGAUGGCCCAAGAGGUAAUUUUCAUUCGAUACAACUCUCUUUGA